UUUUCAUUGUCAUAAUAUGCUGGUCUAGAAAGUUCUUUAAACCGCUAAUGGUGGUUCCUUGAAAAAUUAUGUUUAAUUGCAUUUUUAACUUAUUUAAUUUCAAUCAACAUUUUAUAAAUGUUUUUUUUCUAAUAUUUAUUUUAUUAUUUAAUGCUGUUAAUCCUGUAGUGAAUAAAAUUCGCAAUAUUUAUGAAGGAACAUCAAAUAUUGAAGUUAUUGGAAAUGAUGUAUUUUUUGAAAUAUUGGAUCCACCUGACCUGAAAUAUACGUAUAGAGUUCGACCGGCAAAAGAUUUUGGUGUUCCAUUUAGCCAGAUUAAUGAAUUAAGAAAUGUACAACUAGUCCUAGUUCAUCCAAAAUAUGGCUGCGGCAUUCCGGAAAAUGCGGAUGAAGUUGAGGGAAAUGUUGCCUUCGUACAAAGAGGAUAUUGUUCAUUUAAAAUGAAGACCGUAUACGCUGAAAAAGUUGGAGCUCGUGCGAUAAUUAUAACAGACGAACAUCAAGAUCAUGACGAUUAUUUUAUUGGAAUGAUUGAUGAUAUGGAUUCACAAGAUGUGAAUAUACCAUCAGCGUAUUUAAUUGGAAAAAAUGGUGCAAUGAUACGUAAAACUUUAGAGAAAUUAGAUAGAAAUUAUGCAAUUAUUAAUUUACCAGUAAAUUUAACAUUUACACCAAUACAUAAAAUAUCACAACCUCCUUGGUUACAAUGGUCCUAGUCUUUUUAGUAAAAUUUUGUAAAUAUCUUUCGUGAUUUUAAUCGUAGAUAAUUUAAAUGAAAUAGUCUAACAGACGGUAUAGGGUCGAUUUUCACCCAUCUGAUAACCAGAUGAAACAUCGCCAUUAUUAUUGUUAUCAUUAUUUCUACCUAUAUGAACAGGUAAUUGAUUAAAAUUAAUUUUAAAAAUAUGUCAAAUAAAGAUGAAGCUGACCUUAUACCGUCUCCUGUACUAAAACUAAAACAGAAAAUUAAUUUACUUUUUUAUUAAACCUAGCCUGCUCAAUAUUUAUUAAAUAAUUUGAGCUGAAAAGGAUUAAUUAUGUAACGACUAACAGUUGCUGUAUCAGCAAUGAACACUCAUAAUUUUAAUUUUGAAAUUACUGAAUUUAGGCACCUGAAAGAAACGUAGUUCAUUUUUAAAUAAUAAUAAAUUGUUAUUAGUCACAGAGAUUUGUAAUUUGUAUCCAAUUUAAUAUCAAAAUAAAAUUUUUAUUUAAAACUAGCAGAUA